AUGGAAGUGGUUAUCGAAGAGCAAGCGUUGCUGCAGGAUUUCUUAAAUCAAGUUCCUGCCGAUUGUUUGACAUUUCUUAACGGAAUCGGCUAUAACACAACAGGAUUGCUAACCGUAACCGAAACGUAUUUUAAAACCAGCCUUGAACCGUUUCCAAAUUUUUGGGGAGCUGACCAAUUGUGGCAUUGGAUUUUGGAUUGGAGACGGCGAAACCAUCUCGAUAAUUUAAUUCUGCCUGAGCAGCAACCGGAAGGGGAAAUUCCGUUGGAGGAGGAGGAGGUACAGCAGGCAGACGGAGCUGACAAAGAAAAUAGCAGCGAACAAAACAGUUCUCCGUUAAAGAUUCAGUACGACGCGCACGGAAGUGGUGAAGGAAGCAGCAGUGCAAACAGUGAGGCGAACAAUAACGAGAUUUCUGGCAUAAAAAAGGCUAAGAACCCAACGGGAUCAUUGGCAGAGAGUAAAUUUCACUAUCUCACUCCAAAUGUUUUAAAACACCUGCUUGCUGAAUCCGUAUUCGGCAAUCAAGUUUUGAAGUGUGCUGAAAUUCAACAACUGUCGCCGGCUGGCAAAAAAUUCGUUGUCGACACUGUGGCUCGAUACCACUUAACUCAGGACAGAAAAACAUCCGCCGAAGUAUUGAACGAGUACAGCGACGUUAUUGUUACUUUGUUUGUCAAAGAAGGAAAGCUUGACAUAGACUAUCGCCUGCUGGCAUUCGGUGACUCAAACAAAAUAGUGAAAAACUGGGUCGCUUGUUUCGAAUGCAUAAGCAAAUUUGCACAGAUUCAAGCCAAAGAUCCAUCAGCGAAGGAUUUGAUUAGGGCGAUUGAUGAUUUGAGCCUUUCUGCAGAUUCUAGACUGCUGAAUGUAUUGCUGGUAUUAAACACGGUUUUACUUCCGGUGAAGGCAUCGAAGGGAUUCAAACCAACGGUGGCUACUGCACAAUCAGAUACGUUUGUUGUAGCUCCCAACCGCGAAGAGGCAUUAAUUGCUGUCCAAAAGCUUUAUGACGUAUACGACAAGCAAGAAUUUCCUUUGUGUCCAAAGCUCGCGAUCAUCGGUGAAAAUUCUUGCAAGAUUCAGGGUGGUUGUAUGGUCGUCUACAAAUCGUUGGUGUACGAUUUUUCAAGCGUGGCUCGGGCUAUAGACGUCAUCAUCAAACUACAUCUUGUUUUGGGCUUGCCAUUUUCUAAAACAUCUAAGUUAGUUUGGGUGUUCAUUGAAAAAUACCUGUACGGCAUUGAAACUGACCGUGGAUACCUGUGCAUUAAUAAGUUGAUCAGCUACAUACAAGAACAUAAUCCACGAUGUUUGUAACGUGCUCAUUUGCUGAGUGCUGUGAGCAAUUUUCAACAGCAAACGAUUUCAUAGCUCACUUGGAAAUGAAACAUAAACCACCAAUUGAAUUUUUGUUCAAAUGUCCAUAUCCAGAGUGCGUGCAAAUAUUUUCCAAAAUUUACGGUUUUAAACGGCACGUAAGGAACCAUCAAUUUAAUGAGUCAUGCAGUUCUACACUUGAUCAAUCAUCACCAUCAAAUCCUAUGAAAUUACCAUGUUUAUCAUUCCAUAAGGACAUACAUCAAGAUAAGGACACACAAGAAGAUGUUGUAAUAGAGGGCACGUCUGUAACAGCGUGUAGAUUAGAAGAGAACAUACUACAUAUUCAGCAAGA